UUGAUAGUCUGCCUAUUUUAGCCACUCCCACUAUACAGUGUAAGGUAAAACAAAUGAUUAUUCUUAGAAUAUUUUCAUUUUCAAAUUAUGGCUUUUGGGUCAGUAACAAACAUCGCAACCAAUAGUAUUAUUAUUCGUCUUCCAUUUCCUAACUUUUCUUUUGUGUUCUUUCUUAUCAGCUCUUCCUUCUCUCCGCCCUUCCUUUUACGUUCUUCCACCCUCAUUCUUUCCACGUACUUCCUCAGAGUUGAGAAUCUUCCUUUUCUUCCUUUAAAACCUCUUAAGAUCUCACAAUUCCUCCUUCUAUUCCCUCCUUCUUCCAAAUUUCUUCCUAGGACCUCGCAGAACUUCCUUCGUAUCUAUCCUCCAUGCAUACUUCUCGCAAAUAAUCCUCCUCCUUCCUCUUCCUUCCCUUUACAAUGUCCUUCCUCAGGGCUGCCGCGUCCCCCGAAUGUAAAAGCCGCUGCCGAAGGGCCCGACGGCAUCCUGGCGGGCCUGAGCGAGGGCAAGGUGUGGAUCGACCAUUCCACCACCGACUACGAGCAGACGCUGGCGUUCGGGGAGGAAGCAGAGACGAGGGGCGGCCACGUCCUGGAGGCUCCCAUCACGGGCGGCUUGGAGGCACUGAAGAAGGGGCAGAUGGUCGUCCACGUCGGCGGAGACCAGCAGGUCGCCGACGCCAUGAGACCCAUUCUUGACGCGUCUUAUAACAAAGUUUUCUACGUCGGCAAGAUCGGUUCCGCCAUGAUGGUCAAGGUGGUGUCCAACAUGCUCGCCUGCGUCCACAUCAUUGCCAUGGGCGAAGUCCUCAUGCUGGCCAAGCGCUCCGGCCUCAACCUGAAGACGUUCUGGGACGCCAUCCGGGUGAGCGCCGGCAACAGCUUCGUGUGGGAGACGGGGGCGCCGCUCAUCUUCAACGGCUGCUACGACCCGGGCUUCACGAUGGCGCUGCAGAACAAGGACCUCCAGCUCGGAUACGACAUGGCGAGGAAGUUCGAGGUACCAAUGGACAUGCACCAGCUGGCUCUCAGCAUCUACCGCCGCACGCAGUACCAGCUGGGUGACGAAGCAGGCUGCUACUCCCCGCCCAAGACCUACGAGCUGGCGUUGGGCGAAAGUCUGCAGGUUCAGGACUUUAAAGACUGGACCUACGAUAACGAGAUUUACAAGGGCUCGCUGGUGGUCUCCCAUAAUAACCUGGACUAAACGAGAGAACAAGGGGACAGCCUAAUGAGCUUUUUUUUUGCGUGAAAUGGCAAAACAGUUUACUUGUAGAGAUAUAUGAAUUUUGUAUUUCUAGGUCUUGAUGUGAUUAUAGGUAAAAGAGAAACUAUUAAACACUAUGAUCUGAGAGA